AUGACUAGACGCAGUGACAGCGAUAAUGACGGAGAGACUUCAUCCCCGUCUCCGUCCUGGCGCCCAAAGAAAUGUAAAGGUGAAAAGCAUGUGUCUUUCCCUCCGGAUGAGGAGAUAGUGUCAGGCUUCGCUGAGCGCAAGGACACGAUCAAUGUUGACAGCCUCACCUUGGCAGAGGUAAUUGAGGCCUACAAGAGGAGCUGCGACAGGCACCAGGUGGAACCUAAACCCAAGAUUCUGGAACAACUUGAGCAGGUAACCAGUUUAAAUGGCAGGGCCUCGUGUCUGGAUUUGAAAGGUGAGCGAUUAGACCACCUUUCCUGCGAGGCUCUGGAAGUCAUACUGAAAUCACUGAGCUUUGAUUUCAUCAAUCUGCAAGCGGCAGAGCUGGAGGAAAAUGGAGCAUCAUCCUUGCUGGAUAUGAUUUUGUAUUAUGAAUCUACCCCCCAUCUUGACAUCUCUGACAACACCGGCAUGGGGAUAUCUGGUUGGAAGGCCCUCUCUCAUUUGAUAAAGCAGAGUGUGUGUCUGUUGAGGCUGGAUGUGUGUAACGUGGCCCUGCUACAGUAUCCAGCCCAGGUCCUGUCAAGAGCCCUCCUAAGCAGCAGACUCACCGUGCUGCACCUCCAAAGCACCUGCCUCAGUGGCAGACCCCUCUUCACGCUUGUGGCUGCUCUGAAGAGCAACAGAGCGCUCCGGGAGCUGUACCUGUCCAACAAUAAUCUGAACAGCGAACAGGACUCUAUGCAGUUAGGAGACCUGCUCAGAUACAACAGCUCAAUCACUACUCUGGACCUCAGCAACAACACCAUAGCAAACUCAGGACUGGAGGAGAUCUGUGAAGGUCUGAGAGUUCAGACAGAUGGAUUGAAGGUUCUGAUUCUAUGGAACAACCAGAUCACUAACAAUGGACUGGUCCAUCUAGCCAAAGUUCUGCCUGUCCUAAAGACUCUGGAGACAUUGAACCUGGGGGAGAAUAACCUGCAGAACAGAGGUAUCCACACACUGAGGGAAUCUCUGAUGAUGAACCACUCACUUUUGCAGCUAGACCUGGAACACACACACUUCACUUGUGAAGGGGCUGUGGCUUUGGCUGAGUUCCUAGCUGAGAGCCGUCAGAUCCAGCGCCUGGACGUACGUGAGAACGAGGUCAGGGCUGGAGGUCUCAUGGCCCUUUCUCUGGCCUUACGAAUCAACCACAGCCUCACCUCACUAGACCUGGACCACACACCCAAACAGGAACAGGAGGACUUUCUGAUGGAGACACAGAAGAGUCUACUGAGAGAGAUCAGUGAGCUCUGCACCGGGAAUGCUGCACGUCACCGCAUCGCCGCGGAAACAGAGCUGCCGUGGCCUGACUCCUCUGAGACCCGCUGA